AUGGAUCGCGUGCAGCCUCAGCAGCAGCAGCAGCAGAGGCAGGUUGGUGGAGGAGAAGAGGUGGCGGGGAGGAGUGGUGGUGGCGGUGGAGGAGGCGUGUCCGUGUGCCGGCCGAGCGGGACGCGGUGGACGCCGACGACGGAGCAGAUCAAGAUCCUGCGGGAGCUGUACUACAGCUGCGGCAUCCGGUCGCCCAACUCGGAGCAGAUCCAGCGGAUCGCCGGCAUGCUGCGCCAGUACGGCCGCAUCGAGGGCAAGAACGUCUUCUACUGGUUCCAGAACCACAAGGCCCGGGAGCGCCAGAAGAAGCGCCUUACCACGCUCGACGUCAACACCGCCGCCGCCGACGCCAGCCAGCUCGCCUUCCUCUCCCUCUCGCCUACAGGUGCGACGGCCAUGGCUCCCUCCUUCCCGGGCCCCUACGUCGGCAAUGGCGGCGCCGUCUCAGCGGCGCAGACGGAUCAGGCCACUGUCAGCUGGGACUGCACUGCCAUGGCUACCGAGAGAACCUUCCUGCAGGACUUCAUGGGCGUGAGCAGCGCCGGCGCCGCGGCCGCUCCGACGCCGUGGGCGAUCACGACUCGGGAACCCGAGACGCUCCCGCUCUUCCCAGUCGGCGGCGGCGGCGGCGGCCAAGAAUGCGUCGGCCACGGCAACCUCCAGCGCUGGGGUUCUGCUGCUGCUGCAGCUGCUACCACCACCGCUACAGCCCAGCAGCAUCAGCUACUGCAGCAGCACAACUUUUACAGCAGCAGCAGCAGCAGCAACCAGCUGCCCAGCCAAGAUGGAUCAGCUGCAGGCACAUCCCUGGAGCUCACUCUCAGCUCCUACUGCACCCCUUACCCUGCAGGCUCCUCCAUGUGAUAGAGCUGUUUUGCCUCCUUUACCUAUGUGAGUUUAUGAGAGCACUGAUGUCCUUGUCCUAGCUAGUAGACAGCUUAGCUACAAGUAAGCAUAUAUAGAAGCAUGUCUGAAAGAUGAUCGAUAUAUAUACUAUAAUAUUUACAUAGGGAGUAAGCAGCUGCACCAGCAUUAACAUAUGCAUGCUGACCUGAGUGCCUGUAGAAUGCAGUGGUCCUCAACUGGUAGUAGUGCACUGCAUGCUUAACUUUUACAAUAGUGACUGGCUGUUGUGUAAUGUGUUUGGGACAAGAGCACAGUUGUGUCAAACUUGUCUCUCCCUUUGCUGGCUUCCAGCUCUCUCUCUCUCUCUCGUCUGUCUGCUGCUUGCUACUACUCUCCUGUUGAGAUUUCUCAUGCUUGUUUCAGCAGGAGUAUAAUUUGCCUUUAGCACUGCCAGUUUCUUGUUUCAGAAUUCCAUGUAUAGUACUCCUUGUUUCAGCAGGAGAAAGCCUGGGACCACUUCGGUUGAACUGUUGGCUAGUGUUCUUGGAAAUGGUCAGCCUUUCCACUGAGCACAUUUACUUCUGCUAUGAUGGAAAAUGCUCUCACCUGAUCACCUACUAUGGCUAAGUUAUCUUACCAAAGGAACGCGGCCUAUGAACUGCUCAGAGUUUCUGAGACAAGCAAAC